CUCGUCUACGAUUGAGGCGAGGACGAGAAUUGUUGUAUGUGCAGCAAAACAGGGACGAGUAGCUCUAGCUCUGACAACACCAGAAAAUAACGAAGGCCUCACAUGAUGGAUUUGUUUGUUUUGUAUUGAUAUUUUCCUUUUCUUCCCUCGCUUUAUUUCUCUAAAGGCUCGUGGGUAGAACUAGAAGGAGAAGCUGACUCUCAUAAACGGUUACAACGGUUGUAACGGACAAAAAUUUUAUUGCAUUUACAGACAAGCGCAGUUACAGUUUUUCUUUUUAUCCAAAGACGAGGAAGCUCUUGAAAGUGAAGUCGAUAUUCACCCUCCACAAGGAACAUGCCUGUUUCCGGCAAAAGAAUUGCAGGACUAGGCCUGUUGUCCUGGCAGUUCAACGCUGUGUGGAAUUCUCCUGGGGUCGCCGCUCUUGUGGUGGACGUUUCAAGGCGCGUCGACAAACAGCAGAACGUCAGGCGAAGUGGCAAGACACGAAAGGCCAGCGCUGGUGCCACGACCGCAACUACCGCUACCACCAUGGAUCCGGCGAUUGAGCUCAAGAAAGAACGAAUUUGUGCUAAGCUUGACGACAAGAUGGUUGGUGGACGCCGACGAGCAUCUUGGUCCUUUAUGUAGUGACGUCACGCACAUGCUUCGUAGUUUUCUUUCAACGAGCCGCAAAAGAUGCUCGCCGAUUUCUAAGCGGCAGAAGUGUUUUCUCGAUCUUGAUGAAAUGAAGUUAAAACAGCACCUGGCCCUGUUUGCCUUUACCGUCAACGAAUCCCAAGGGUGUUACCCCCUCGAUACAGACCGGCAACAACGGCCCCGACGAACUGCCAAAAGUGACGCAGGCAAGAGCGGCGCCCACAGCCGUGGCUUCUGGCUGUUCGGGGUGCCCGGACUUCGCUAUAAAAAGUUCGCGGACAAGAAUGACAGCGGCCCCCCAUAUGGUAUGGGCCCUAUUUUUGUGCAUUGUAGACGACCGCGAGACCGGCCGCGACUUUUCGUCAGUCCAAUAGCCUGCGUGUCUCGCGAGGGCCUCGCCGAGGAAAAAGAAAAUAAAACGCAAAAAAUACAGGGUUCGCCCCGAGACUCGCGAUGCCAUCUUGAAAAAUUCCGCUUCCGCA